GUCAGAUCUAAAAUAUUCAAAUGAAGCAUGCAGUGCUUAUGAUGAUAUUUAUAAUGCACUGGAGACUUUAAAUAAGACAGAUUUAACAAAAUUUAAUGACAAUGACCCAUUAAGAAUAGAAGUUAUUGAUAUAUCUUCUGAGUGGGCUCGUUCUUAUCUUAAGAAUGAUACAAUUGAUUUUCUCAAGAAAAUUAUUAUAGUCGUGGCUCAUAAUUUAAGGACUGCUAAAAAAUACAAUAAUGCUAAAAUAGAAGAAAGAAAUCGACACGUUAAUGAUAAAAAGGAAAAGAAAUCAAAGCGUAACGUUAAUUAA